GCCGGCCCAAGCAGGAAAGUUCAGCCAAUGGGCGCGCGCCCCACAUCCCGGGCUCAGGAGCGCCUCUCUGGCCGCUAGCGUUCCGGCGGGUCGCGCCCAAGGCCACACCCGGCUGGCGGUGGCGCGGGAGAGGUACCCGCUGGAAGGGUGGGAGAAUGCGGCGAGGCCCGUGCGGGGAGCGCGGGCAGCCAUUGUGGCGUGCUCCCGCACCGCCUACGCGGGGUCUGUGAGCGGGGAGCUGUCGCUCGGUGGUGGACUCCCGGAACCUCGGCGCGAUGCUUUGUAGGGAGCGAGCAGAGCGUGCGCCUCGUCCAGCCCCGUGGACCAAAUCAGGCCGCAAUGCAAAACUUCCCGCUGCUUGAACAGAUGACGACGGACAAGAGCCAGAGGAUGGACUUUGCAAUCCUCUCCUUUUACCUCCACCUCCAGGAAGAUUUUUCGUUUGUGGGGGAGCUACGUGACCUAUUUUCUUUUACCAACUGGCUUCCAGUGAUUGCACAGAAAUGUAGGAGUCUGACCUUGAAACUUCUUAGCACCCACGGGAAUAAGAUUGUGUGCAUGUUCAACAGCCACAUCUCCAUCUCCUCUCCAUGCCAGUGGACCAGUAGGAAGAACACAGUGAAAGUACUAACUGCAUCACUCCUGGAAGGCUGUCAAUGAUGUCAAACUUCCCUGAAGAAGUGGAAAAAUCUACAAAUUUAAAAUGUUAAACAUGGCAUUAUAACAACAGUGAAAAUGUGUUUAUAAAAUCAUUCGCAUUUCCGAUUCUCCUUCCCCUCAACAGUGUAUAAUAAAAAAAAUGAUAAACAAACAUCACAUGGAUACUUUGCAUGAGAAGAGGUCUUCAAAAAACCAAAGUAAUAGAUUUUUAUGGUCUGGUUUCAUGGUUCAACCAUCCGCUCGCUACAUAGGAAUCUCUAUAUUCUCCUUAAAAAAUCCUCAUGUAGCUUCUACUUGAACUCUUGCAGUGAUGGGGGAACUCACUACCUAAGAAGAUACUUGAUUCUUUAUUUUAAUAAUUAAAAUAUCCAAGUUGAGCUCAAAUCUGCCUUCUUGUAAUCUUUAACCAUUAAACUCAGUCUUUCCUUCCUUAAACCACAGAAAACAUUUCUUCUUCUGUGUGUUAGCCCCAUAAAAAAUUAAAAACAUCUAUAUAGUCACCCCCAUGUCUUUUCCAGGCUUUUCCAAUUUCAUUCAACUGCUUCUCAUUUGUCAUGUUUUCCAACAUUUUUAGCAACCCGGUUCAAUCCUCUAGCCAUGUUGCAUUUUGUCUCUAGCACUUCCAAAAUGGAGUCUGGACAUACACUCCAGGUAAGAUUUGCCCAGUAAAGAGGAUUUCCCAGAGCAGGACUCAUGCAUAUAUUUCAUUCUAGACUCUAUAUAGGUACUGUCCAAACUUGGACUGGCUUGCUCUUGAGGUAGAGUUGAACCUUGGCAAUGGUUAGCAAGAAAGGCGAUAAUAUGAAGCCUGGAUAGGACCAUAGCUAAGAAAAACAAUCCAGUUCUGAGACUUUAGGUGGGAGUCAAGCUUCCUAAAUGAGCCCUGGAUAUACCCAGGGCAUUCAAGGGGUUUUGAACUGAGACCAGACUGUACCAAUAUUUGAAAUCAGACAGGUGGCAGUACUAUGCCUCUAUUAGAUUUUGGAGUAGGCCCUUAGUCACCAACGGGGGGGAACCUGAGAAUCAAGACCCAACCCCUGGGCAAAGAGGCUGCAAAAGGCUAGGCAAAUUAAAGACUGGAAUGCAAAGAAGGGUUUCAUUUCUAGGGCGAAACUGAGGUAGUAAGAAUCAAAAUGGCUCUGGAGUCAUAAAGACCUUUGUUGAAUUCCAUCUUCUCCACUUUCCAAACCCAGUUUCCUCAUGUGAAAGCUGGGCUAAUAUCAGCAUUUACUUUAAGGGAUUGCUGCGAAGACUAAAUGGGAUAAUACAUAUAAAGUCUGGCAUAUAGUUAGUGCUUAUCAAAUGUUUUCUGUGCAAAUUAAAAUGCAUAAAUGAAAUUUAAGUGAAAUGAAUUUUAAGAUAAUUUCACACUUGAAGCUUUAAAAUUAAUUACAAGGUACAUUUUCUCAAAAUAUUUUUAACACUUCCUUUAAGAAAAGCAGUAUGUCUAUUUUUUUUUUUUUUUUGAAAUAGGAAUAAUAUGGAUUGGUUGAAAAUGGAUUCCAAAGUAAGAAUAAUAUAAUGUGAUUCUUUACAACCCUCACAAUAAUUAUACCAAUAGUGUUAUAACACUAUAUAUAUUGUUAUAUAUAACACUAUAUGUUAUAACAAAUACACUUAUUUUCAGAUUUUACUUUCAAAUAAUAGCUCUACCAUAAACCUUUGAAAUCAGUCUUUCUUAUAAAUUCAUUAAUCCUGUCACAAUUACACUUCAAUACUUGUUAGAAAUCUUUCCAUAAACCCUUUUCCCAGCCCCACACUGUUUUCCUUUUAAUAUCCAAUUAUUUAAAAUUUAAGAGGAAUGGGCACCGCCCAAUGGGGGUGUGUGUGUGGCUUUGAACCUAUCGUUACUAUCCAGAGAAUGGGGAGUGACAUUAUCUGUGACAACAAAAAAGCUUCUUUUGGUGAGUGGAAGACCUAUAUAUAAAAGUCACUCUUGAGGGUCUCUACAGUCUAAUUCAUCAGCUUUCCCCAGUUCACUCAACUUUGAGAAAGUAUCAGCUGUCAAGACACCUGAAAGAUCUUGUCACAACCUUGUGUGUGAAGAUGAUGUCUGCGAAAGACAUGGUUAAGGUCAUGGUUAUCAUGUUUGCAAUUUGCUUUCUUGCAAAAUCGGAUGGGAAACCUGUUAAGAAGAGGUCUGUGAGUGAAAUACAGUUUAUGCAUAACCUGGGCAAGCAUCUGAGCUCCGUGGAGAGGGUAGAAUGGCUGCGGAGGAAACUACAGGAUGUACACAACUUUGUCGCCCUCGGAGCUCCAAUAGCUCACAGAGAUGGUGGUUCCCAGAGGCCCCGAAAAAAGGAAGACAAUGUCCCGGCUGAGAACCAUCAAAAAAGUCUUGGAGAAGCAGACAAAGCUGAUGUGGAUGUGUUAAUCAAAGCUAAAUCCCAGUGAAGACAGAGCAGAGCACUGCUAUACACAGGAUAGGGCAACAAAAUUACAUGCUGCUAACAUUCUCAAGCUUUGAAGAUCACCAAAUGCCAAUAUUUACGUCUAAUCCAUGGCUAGCCACGAUAGCUGAAAUUCUAAUUGAUUGUUUUGAUUCUACUUUUAUUCCUGUAAGGCCUCUUUUAAUUAUUCCAUUUCUGUUGUUUAUUCUUUUUAAAGUAUGUUAUUGCAUAAUUUAUAAAAGAAUAAAAUUGCACUUUGUAACCUCUCUCCCAUCGUACACUGCAAAAUAAAAAUUUAAUGAUCAUAAUUUUAAA